AUGGAUAAUAACACGCAGAGAAACGCCGUUAUCGAGCCUUCCGUAGCGCCUUCAUCAUCAAAUUCGAUGCCCAAUGUUUUAUUUAGGGAAAUUCAUAAAAAUGCUUUUCUCAAAAGGCAUUUGUCGGAUAGGAGAACGGGAUUCCCUAGGAAAAGUGAACGCGUUUGGGUCGUUUUUUGCGUGCACGAUGACGUCGAACCAUUUUUAGAAAUAUAUUCCGAUCAAAAAGUAGCUUUAACUCACAAACCAGAAUGGUUUGCGUCGUUGUCAAGUGCCCUUCACGUUUCACCCACUAUAUGCGGACACGAAGAUGAAUUUGAAUUUGCUGUAACUCUUUCUUUUCAAGUGGUCAGACUGGCUGCACCUUCGUGGGAAUCCAUGAUGGAAUGGGUUGAAACCAUUAGGAAUAAAUUGAGAGAAUUGAAAGUGUUGUGUCCGAAAGAAAAUGUUUAUAGUAAAAUGCCUGAACAAAAACAACCCCUUCUUCCUACGAGAGAUCCAAAUUCGCCUUUACCACUACCACCCGAGGGUCCAUCAGCUUUACUUCCUGGAGUCGAACUUGUACAUGUGGAAUCGAGAAAUAAUUCGACAUCAUUCGAAAAUAAUGUCAAUGUUUCCAGACAUCAUCAAAGAGAAAUACAUUUGAGAGGAAAUGGAGUAAAUGAUAGGCAAGUAAAUAGGAAAAAGUCAAAUGAAAGAGAUAAAAGACUGGGAAUGGAAUUGAUGACAAGGGGGAGUGAAAAUCAAAGCAGUUCUUCUAGAAUUAAUAAUGAAACAACGUUUCAAGAUGGCGAUAGGGAAACGAAUGAAUCAAAUGAAGUUUUCCCAAAUGUUAGCGAAUUGCAAAGAAAUAAACCAAGAGUUAGAAGAGCAGUAUCGGUUCCUGAGCCGAAACCUUCAACAUCUCAAGUUGCAAUGGGAUCCAAUGUAACUGUAAUUGAAGUGUCAUCGAAUAAUGGAAAAGAAAAUCAUUGUUUUCCAGAUGGUGGGAACGCAGUUAUUUGCAAUACGGUGAAUACAAGCGAUGACGAAGAUACCGAUGAAGAAGAAGUGCAUUACGAACAUGUAUUUUUAGCAAGUGGUCCCAGUGGUGGGAAAUCAUCACAGCAGACUAAAUUUAAUUCGAAAUGUGUCGUCGUGGGAAAAAAUAAAAUGAGCAAACCACAUUCUACCAGCGUUAUUAUUAAUUCGAAUACUACCGCUCUGGUAAAUUCUAGUCCGAACGGUACCGAUCCCACGGCAGGUAGUUCGAAUAAGUCAGCAGUGAGUGCCGGGAGCUCAGAAGUUCAGGUGAACAACGUCACAUCAACGUGUAUCAAUCUCAAUGCGACCGAGUUAAAUAUUCCUCUUCCUCCUCCCCCUCACUCGACGAAAUUAGAAAAUAUGAGCGUUUCGGGUCUCAUUCCCAGAGUUCCUCCCAAAGUUUCGACCAAACAAGGAAUUUUUAAACCUUCAGUCAUUCCGAGUAAUGUAAUUUUAGAAUCUCAGUCGUGCUCAAUUCAAAAUGGUAAUUCAGAAUCGGUCAAUUGUGGUGAACAAAACGGCGGAACCAAAUUAACAAUCGUUGAAAAUGAAAAUAAUAAUAAUAAUAAUAAUAACAAUAACGUGUCUGGUCCUUCUUAUAGUCAAGUUAAAAAAAUACAGAAAGUGAAAGUUAAAUGCGAUGAAAUGAGGAAUCCAAUGGUAAAAACAAAUUCGCCGAUUUUAGAGAAAAAAAUUGUGAGCGAAAUUCAAAUCGUCGAAUCUGAUCCGCCAUCAUCAUCAAAUCAUAAUCAAUUUGCAGAAAUUCCAAGCAAAAAUCAAAUUUCCAUAUCUAAUUCAAAAGUUUCGAAUAAAAUUGAAAUAUCUAAAAAAUGCAGCGGAGGAUGUAGUGGUAGUGGUAGUGGUAGUAGCAGUAGCAGUAGCAGUAGCAGUAGUGGUAGUGGAAGUAAUAGUACCAGUAAAAAUUUAGGACUAGUCAACGUCACGGUGAGCCAAGACGUAGCUUCAAAUUCUAAAAGGAAUCCCUGUUGUUCAAACGGUGAUUACAAAAUAAAAAUUUCAAAUCCGUCAACCGCAUCCACAUCUCCCGGAAAUCCCCUGGACAAUUGUAAAAUUUUCUCGAACAAAGGGGAGCCGCAACAAAAUCACAACAAUAACACGGAAACGGAACCACUCAUGGCAUCCGUUCAACCCGCCGUCGGAAUGAUAAGCGUGGAAGAUAUUCCUCUUAUAGGGGGUCAUCAGAGACGACGGAGAAGGAGUUCAUCUUCGGAUGCGCCGCCUCCCAUAAAUCUACCACCCUCUCGAGUCACGGGCGGAGCCGACAGAAUUCGCAUAAACGUACCCCUAACGUCGAAUCAUUCGACGGUUCGGGAAGAAUGUCGCGGCGAAAACGAAAUAAGGUCGUCGUCGUCGUCGUCGUCGUCGAAUCACCCGAGAAAUUCAACCGAACCACUAAUGGUUCACGUCAACAUAGAGCCUCAGUCGUCUGCGAGAUUGACUCUGAGAGAACAACAAGUUUUGCAAUUGAAAAAAGAAAUGCUUCAUCCCGGAGGAGUCAGGUUGCAGUUGAGAAGAAAAGAUUGCACCGGUUCCAUAGCUUUGGUCGAUGCUUUAAACGGAGUCUGGUAA